GGCCUGCUGGUCCCUUAGAGCUACGCGGGCGGGUAGGUACGCGAACGACCCCUGGGGACGGUCGGGGCGGAGAAGCGUUUGAAAAAUCAAUGCGCGUUAUCAGCCCGCUCGCCAAAAGCUCCCGCACGUCUGAUAACGCGCGCGCGAUUUGUACAUAAAAAUAAUAAUAAACAAAAUCCGCGAACGCACCACGACGACGUGCCGCCCCUACCCCGUUAGCGCUUCCGUUGUAGUUAGGUGCCGUUACAUAGUUGUAUUGUUACCAAUACGUGUUACCAACACGCACGAACACGGUCUGUUUCCUUUAGCCAACGGAGGGUGCCGUUCGGUCGAGAGAUAAUAUGGAUCCGGGUCCGCAAGCUUACGGGGCCGGCAAGGUCGGCGGCGCGUUCAACGUCCAAAACUUUGUUCGGAAGCCGCACGUUUUUGUCAGACUGCUGUCAUUGCUAUUUGGUUUGAUCGUGUAUUUUUGUGCAUCAUCGGGUUCGUGGACUACUGACACAAAAACUAACGAAGAAAUAUGCAUGUUCAAGCUUAAGAGUUUUGGGUGUCACAUUGGAGGUGUGGUGGGCUUCACGUCGGUUAUCGGCGCAGCCGUAUUUGUCGGCGGCGAGUAUUAUUUUGAAAACGUGCCGUCGGUGAAAAGUCGUAAGCAUUACGUGCUCAUUGACCUUGGAUUCUCAAGUCUUUGGUCGUUUUGGAAUUUUUUACUUUUCUGUUACUUAUCUAAUGCCUGGAGUGAUACACCUGACUUCCCCGAAUCAAUUAGCACUGCCAAUCCAACCACUGCCAUUUAUUUUGCAUUAUUUGCUAUUUUUUCAUGGGGUGCUUCCGCAUAUUUUUCAUACCAAAGAUAUCAAAUGGGUGUAGAUCCAGCAUUUGUAUCAUCAUUUGAAGCUGACCAAUUUGGAACGUAUGAUGAAGCCCAAAAUAACAGCAACCAUGAAUCUCCAUUUAAUAAACAGAUGUCAGGUGAAUAUCAGAGUCAAGCUUAUUAAAUAUAUGAUCAUUUUCCAAUUACGAUUUUGAACUUGCGGAGAAAAUGUGUUGUUACCAUACAUACCAAUCACUUAUUGCCAUUAGUACUUAUGGUUUAAAUACUUCACAAUAACUAAACACAUUUAAAUGAAUAGUUAGUUGCGAGUAGUAUCAAUUUUUAAAAUUUGUUUACGAAAUUUAUAAUGGUUUAAUAAUUUAUAUAAAUAUAUUUUUUUUUAAACAUAUUUAUUAUAAUAUUACAUUUCUCUACUAAUACUCUAUACUCUAUUGUUAUUUUCCAUUCAUAUAAAAAUAAGUACAUUUUAGUAAAAACUUGUGAAAUAUUUAUUAGUGUUGUUAAUAGUUUUUUUUUUUAAAAAAAUUAUUAUAUGGGUUGAUAAAAGACAAAACUUAUGUACGAUACAUUUUGGUCCAAAGUUAAAUGAUCAAAUGCUUUGGGUUUGUGUAACAUACAUAAAGGUGUUCAUGUAUAUUAUUAUAAGUUAUUAAGUUACGUACAAAAA